AUGCACCAUGUCAUGGCCGACCUCGCUCACCGGCUCGACGCGCCUCUCAUGUACCUCAAGCUUGGCGAGGUGCCGGUGAUGGUGGCCACAUCCCCGGAGGCUGCCCGCGAGAUCAUGAGGACGCACGACGUCGUUUUUGCUACGCGGCCGUGGAGCCCCACCAUGAAGAUCAUGAACUCGGAAGGGCUGGUAUUCGCGCCCUAUGGCCCCUUGUGGUGGCAGCUCCGCAAGAUCUGCAUCCUAGAGCUUCUCGGCGCACGCCGCGUGCAGUCAUUCCGCCACAUCCGGGAGGACGAGGUCAGCCGACUCGUAGCCGCCAUCGCGACGGCGCCGCCCAUGGAGCCUGUGAACGCGAGCGAGCGAAUUGCCGUCCUCAUCACCGAUUCGGCGGUGCGCGCCAUGAUCGGGGAAAGGUUCAAGAGGCGUGAGGAGUUCUUGCAGACACUCGAGGAUGGUGUCAAGAUUGCCAGCGGGUUCAGCCUCGGCGAUCUAUUCCAAUCGUCGUGGCUCGCGAGCUUCAUCAGCGGCACGGCCAGGCGGGCCGAGGAGUACCACCGCAGGAGCUUCGAGCUCAUGGAGUACACGAUCAAGCAACAUGAGGAGCAGAGGGCCACCGCCGCCUCGGUGAACAGUGCCAUGGAGGAAGGAGAGGACCUAGUGGACGCGCUCCUGAGGAUACGCAAGGAAGGUGGCCUCGAUGUGCCUCUUACCAUGGGAAUGAUCAAAGCAGUUAUACUUAUUACUCACCAGUCACCACAUCCACCUCGCAGUCGAAAAUAUGCAGUAUUAAACAAAACUAAUUAUACAUUUUUUCGCAAGUUCAUUUCGUGA